AUGGCUGUCACAAUCGAAGAGCUCGACACUACGGUCCGCACCUUUUACGAAGGUCGCGGGGAGCAGCAAAAAGCCGCCCAGGCCGCACUGAACCAGGUAAACACAAUCGAGACCCCAACUUUGUCCACCGAGCAACCGAUCAUGUCGAUUCGAGUCGGAUCGAGUUUCAAAGAGGAUCCCGAUGCUUGGCUCAUGGUGGACAAGAUCCUUUCGACCGCGCAAUAUCCCCAAACAAAGUACUUGGGCUUGCAGGUUCUCGACAAUGUCAUUCUUACGAGAUGGAAGGUCUUGCCUCGCGACCAGUGCCAAGGCAUCCGAAAUUUCAUCGUCCAAUUCAUCAUUCAAUGCUCCAACUCCGAGGAAGCUUUGAAACAAAACAAAACCCUGCUGAACAAACUGAACUUGGUUCUCAUCUCUGUGCUCAAGCAGGAGUGGCCUCACAACUGGCCUACCUUCAUAAACGAAAUCAUCUCGUCUUGCCAUGCGAACUUGUCCAUCUGCGAGAACAACAUGAUUAUCCUGCGAUUACUUUCCGAGGAAGUGUUUGACUACUCCGCAGAGCAGAUGACUUCCACCAAAACGAGGAACCUCAAGCAGACCAUGUGCGCCGAGUUUUCACAAAUCUUUCAGCUUUGCCAGGAAGUCCUGACAACCGCAGACCAGCCUAGCUUGGUUCACGCCACCCUUGAGACACUAUUGAGAUUUUGCAACUGGAUUCCUCUUGGCUAUAUUUUUGAGACGAACCUCAUUGAGACCCUCCGCACGCGCUUCCUAUCUGUACCCGAGUUCCGAAAUAUCACUCUCCAGUGCCUGACAGAAAUUGGUGGCCUGCAAACCGGCGGCGCUGGCCAGUCCAACUCAUAUGACGAACAGCUCGUCAAGAUGUUUACCGAAGUGUUGACGACCAUUGCGGAUAUUAUCCCCGUCUCGCUCGACCUGAAGACGACAUACCCCACGAGUAACUCCAAGGAUCAGGAGUUUGUGCAGAACCUGGCUCUGUUUCUCUGCAACUUUUUCGGAACGCACUUGAACCUCAUCGAAAACCUCCCGAACCGAGACUACCUCAUGCACGGACACUACUACCUGAUUCGGAUAUCCCAGAUCGACGACCGCGAGAUUUUCAAGAUCUGCCUGGAUUAUUGGCUGAAGCUCGUACAGGAAUUGUAUGAGGAGAUGCAGCAGCUGCCCAUCACUGAUCUCAACCCUCUCAUGUCUGUCGGAGGCAUGUCUGGCAGUGGAGCCCCGAAUCCUUCGUUGUUGAUGAACUAUCCGCUCCGAAAGCACAAAUACAACGAGGUUCUGUCCAAUUUGCGAGUUGUCAUGAUUGAGAGAAUGGUCAGGCCGGAGGAAGUACUCAUUGUUGAAAAUGACGAAGGAGAAAUUGUUCGAGAGUUUGUCAAGGAAAGCGACACCGUCCAGUUGUAUAAGACUAUCAGGGAAUGCCUGGUAUAUCUCACGCACUUGGAUGUCGUUGACACAGAGAACAUCAUGACUGAAAAGCUGGCUCGCCAGGUCGAUGGUACUGAGUGGUCAUGGCACAACUGCAACGUAUUGUGUUGGGCUAUUGGGUCCAUCUCCUUGGCCAUGAACGAGGAGACGGAAAAGCGAUUCUUGGUCACCGUAAUUAAGGAUCUCUUGGGUCUCACUGAGAUGAAGCGCGGUAAAGACAACAAAGCUGUUGUUGCCAGCAACAUUAUGUACAUUGUUGGGCAAUAUCCUCGGUUUUUGAAAGCCCACUGGAAGUUUUUGAAGACGGUUGUCAACAAGCUGUUUGAGUUUAUGCACGAAUCUCACGAAGGUGUUCAAGACAUGGCGUGCGAUACGUUUAUCAAGAUUGCUAGACAGUGCCGGCGACAUUUUGUCGCCCUCCAGCCCAGCGAGCAGGAACCAUUCAUUGAGGAAAUUGUCAGAAACAUGGGCAAGAUUACAUGCGAUCUAACACCGCAACAAGUGCACACUUUCUACGAAGCAUGCGGCUACAUGGUGGCGGCUCAGGGCAAUAAGCACCAGCAAGAGCGUCUGUUGGCGGAUUUGAUGAACAUUCCCAACGCUGCUUGGGACGAAAUUAUCAAGCAAGCUACUGUCAACCCAUCAAUUCUGCAAGACGCCGAGACCAUUAAAGUUAUUGGCAAUAUCAUGAAGACAAACGUGUCUGCCUGCAGCUCUAUUGGCCCAUACUUUUACCCACAAAUUGGAAGAAUCUAUCACGACAUGCUGGAGAUGUACCGCGCCACCAGCGGCCUCAUCUCUGAGGCCGUUGCCCGAGAUGGUGAGCUGGCAACGAAGAUGCCCAAAGUCCGCGGUCUGAGAACCAUCAAGAAGGAAAUCCUGAAGCUUGUUGAGAUUUACGUCGAAAAAGCUGAAGAUUUGCAGGCUGUUCGAGCCCAAAUGGUUCCUCCUUUGCUCGACUGCGUACUUGUCGACUACAAUCGAAACGUGGCCGGCGCUCGAGAUGCGGAAGUCCUCAAGGCCAUGUCCACCAUCAUUACCAAGCUGUCUGCUUUGAUGGAGGACCAAGUACCAACCAUCAUGGAAAACGUCUUUGAAUGCACAUUGGAGAUGAUCAAUAAGGACUUCUCAGAAUUCCCCGAGCACCGAGUCGAGUUCUUUAACCUUCUCCGCGCGAUUAAUUUGCACUGCUUCCCGGCCUUGUUGAAGUUGGAUAACAACCAGUUCAAGUUUGUGAUUGACUCAUGCUCAUGGGCUUUCAAGCACGAUAACAGAGAUGUUGAGGCCGCUGGUCUGAACAUGUGUCUCGAAUUGAUCAGCAACAUUGCCGAGAAGACUGACGUUGCCACGGCCAAUGCCUUCUUCCAGCGAUUCUUCAUGACCAUCCUGCAGGAUGUUUUGUUUGUCGUGACUGACAAUGACCAUAAGGCGGGAUUCAAGACUCAGUCUAUGCUGCUGAUGAAGCUGUUUUACUACGUCCAACCGGCAGAUGGCACACAACCAAAGAUCCAGGGGCCGAUCUACACUUCGGAUCAAGCACAAUCAGGAACCAGCAACAAGGAAUAUCUUGGCAACUCUGUUGCAACCUUGCUACGAAAUGCCUUUCCCAACUUGCAGCCUGCCCAAGUGACGAGCUUCGUGGAAGGCCUAUUCUCAUUCAACACGACGUACGACAAGUUCCGUCUGAACCUUCGAGAUUUCCUCAUUUCGCUGAAAGAGUUUGCUGGCGACAAUGCUGAGCUAUUCGUCGUCGAAAAGGAGCAACGGGAAGCCGAUGCCAAGGCUGCAGAUAUGGAGAGACGGCAAAAGGUCGGCGGUCUGCUGAAGCCGUCUGAGCUCGAGGAUGAAGAGCUCUGA